UUUUUACAUCCCUGCUUACGUUUGGCUGGCAUCGCCUAAUUUCCGCAUUCCCAAAUCCUCCCAGACUGGGAUCACGUUUAAAAUCGGGCUGAUGCAACGGUUCCCACUCUUUAAAAUCUACUCUCGACCUUCGCCCGAGCAGAAGAAAGGACAUUUGUUGCACCUGGGAUCAAAGUCAGCUGUGGUCACGGCCGAGUCUGACGCGAUGCCAGGACGCAUCCCAGACCCGUCGGUGACGGCAGGCUCCCUGCCCAGCCUGGGCCCGCUGGCCGGGAUCGCAGCCACCACGCUGACGGACAAGCUGAGGUUCGGCGAGCUGCAGGAGUUUGGGACGAUGCUGUCACCGCUGCACUUCCUGGACAGUCUGGGGAAAAGACCCCUAGUCAUCAAAACAGAGAGAGAUGAAGAGGAAGAAAGGAGAAAACGACGGCGAGAGAAAAACAAAGUGGCCGCAGCUCGAUGUCGAAACAAAAAGAAAGAGAGAACAGAUUAUCUACAAAAGGAAUCAGAGCGACUAGAGAUGCUGAACUCUGACCUCAAAGCCCAGAUCGAGGAGCUGAAGCUCGAGCGCCAGCAGCUGAUUCUCAUGCUCAACCGCCACCGGCCCACGUGCAUCGUCCGGACGGACAGCGUCAAGACCCCGGAGGGCGAGGCCGACCCUCUGCUGCAGCAGCUGGAGGCCAAGUGAAGGCGCCGGGUUCCACAGGAAGCACACACGAGCAGCACUUAGCGUUGGACCGGAGAACCGGCCCGGACCGCGUGUCCAGUGGACCAGUGGACUGAACACGGCUCUGCUGGGUGUUCCCCAUCACCACAGCCCCAACCAUCCAGUAUGAAGUUCGGAUCCUGGACCGGUUCUGAACAUUUCACUUUCAAAGCUUUUUACAAUUUAAAAGCCCAAACUCUGCUACAUUUCAUCAAAUCCAGCUUUUGCUUUAACAUUAAAAGCACAGGAGCUGGAAUGCAACAUCACAUCCUACCACCAAAAAGAGGAACUCCCCGUUUUUUGAGGCAACUGUUCCCAUUUAAGGACACAGAAGCUUUUUACUUCAUAUUAACCGUCUUCACACACGUUUCUUGUGGUGCAGAGCCAUUCAUUCUUUCCUUUCCUCCUAUAUUUUGGCGCAGGCGUCAUUUAUGCACAUUUAUAUAUUUGGACUGUUUACAUUGUACCUUGAUUUUUUUAGUUACCAUAUUGCUACCAAUUAUGUCUUAUGCUUUUGUAUAUGAUGUUAUAUGAGCAUAUAAGCUAUCACAAAAUCCCAUUUUGUACUUUCUUAAGAAAUAAAUGUUUAGUUUCUUUUUCA